AUGUAUGUAUUCCUGCUUCAAAGCAACCCGGAACUUCGUAAAAAUGUUGCCGAAUGCGUGAGCUUCUUGAAGAACGGGAAAGAGGCGCCCGACCCGAAAACGGCAUCUGUGACAAGGGAGGACGCCUUGCUCAUCGGACAGAAGUUGGAGACAAGCUUGAGAAAGCACAUAGAGGAUGGAGUGCAAUCGGUGAGCAACACGGAGUGGAUCAGGCGACCGACCAGUGCUGCAUGGAUAAAGCUUCUGCACGUUACAGCCAGCGGCCUCAAUGUCUGCGGUUCCGAAGCAGAAGGUGGUAUUAAAUUGUGA